AUGUCGUUCUUCGGCUUCGACACUUCGAUGCCCGGCGACAGGCGCCCCACGCGUCCCAGCUACAAGCACGACGCCUUCGAUCCCACCUUUGACAACGACGAGUCGCUCGAUGCAAAGAUCAAGGCGCUCGCUGCAGGCGCCCAGGAGGACGUCGAGAUCUACACCUGGGGACAGGAGGGCUACGACGGUCUGGGUGACAAACUCGACGAGUCCGGCGACGACCUCAACGAAGACACCUUCGGCGACGUCGACGUCGGCAAGGAUUUUGAUUUCGGAGCUCCCGCCGCUGCACCCGCCAACGUUCAGGCUCAACCGUCGUACCACAACAACAACUACAAUCAGUAUGCUCCGCAGCAGCACCAGCAGCAGCAGGCCAAGUCCAAGUUCGACCCUUCCAACAAGUUUGCUGCAAGCCUCGAUGAUUUCCUCGUUGACCCUGUGCCUCGCUUCGGCGCUGGUCGUGGUGGUCCCCAGCAGGCUUUGCCUCAACAACAACAGCAGCAGCAGCAGCAGCAGCAGCAGCAGCAGCAGCAACGUCCUCAGCCAAAGACGCUCGAGGAGGUCGAGGCAGAGAUGCUCGCCAUGCGUGCCAACCAGCAACUGGCCCACGCGCCUGCUCAGCCCGGCAAUGAAAGAAAGCCCAUGACGGUCGAGGAGGUCGAGGCCGAACUGCGCGCCCGACGCGGUGCCGGCGCGCCCCCUGCCGGUCCCCUCUCGCCUCCGCCCGCGCACAUGCUCGGCAGCAGCCCCGCGGCUCAGCCCCAGCCUCUCGGUCCUCCGGGCAUGGCGGCGCCCAUGCCUGCCGUCGCGCCUCCCGCCGGCAUGCCUCGCAUGGGGCCCGUGCCGCCCAUGCUGCCGCCCAACGCCGACCCGGCGGCGAUGCAGGCGGCGCAGCAGCAGGCGCAGGCGGCGCACUUUGCGCGCAUGCGUGCGCUGCUCGACGCCAUGCCGCCGCUGGUGCAGCAGUCGAUCCUGUCGCUGCCGCCGCCCAUGCAGUUCGACUCGCUCGAGAGCAUCGCGCACAACUUUCCGCAGCUGCUCGACCCGGCGCAGCGCGACGCCAACCGCGCCUCGUCGGCCGAGCAGGAGGCGGUGCGCUUCAUGAUGGAGAAGGCGCAGGCGCAGAUCGCCGACCUGGAGCGCGGAGAGGCGAGGCGCAAGCGCCGCAUGGACAAGAUCAACGCCAUGGCCAAGUACAACGGCCUCAUGAGCGGGUCGGACAAGGACUUUAUCACGCGCAUCCAGAUCUCGCAGCUCAUCACCGCCGAUCCGUACGCCGACGACUUUUACGCGCACAUCUACUUUGCACUGCGUGGUGGGCCGCGCAGGCCCGGUAUGCCGCCUGUGCCGACGGCGGGUGCCGAGGCGGG